AUGGUGCUGGAUGGGAAGAUUUACUCUCUCUGUGGUCUUUAUGGCUACGCAUCCCGUGUGUAUGGGGUUGUUUAUGACCCUUUACAUGACACGUGGCAGUACGCAGAUGCUGAUUUAGUUUCUGGUUGGCGGGGUCCAGCGGUCAUCGUUGAUGGUGACUUUUAUGUGUUGGACCAGAGCUCAGGGACGAAGCUGAUGAUGUGGGAUAAGCAGAAAAGGGAAUGGGUUGCAGUUGGAAGGCUGUCAGCAUUGCUCACAAGACCACCUUGCAGACUAGCAGCCAUUGGGAAGAAGAUAUUUAUUGUGGGCAAGGGACUAUGCACCGUUGUCGUUGACAUUGGCCAAACUGGGAAUAAUGUGGAAGGGGUGUUGGUUAGUUCUUCCAUUCCUGGUUUAGAUUGCCAGGAUGAGAUCAUCAGUUGCACUUGUGUGUCGAUUUGA